AUGGGGAAACUCAAGACAGGCAAAAAGAACAGCUCCGCUGCCAGCUCGAGCCCAUAUUCGAAAGCGCAAGCCACCACCAACAAUGUCUUCAAAUUUAACACAAAUGUGGGCCAGCACAUCCUCAAGAACCCUGGAGUCGCAGAAGCCAUCGUCGCUAAAGCGAACCUCAAGCCCACCGACGUCGUUCUCGAGGUCGGUCCCGGAACCGGGAACUUGACGGUGCGCAUACUGGAGAAGGCGAAGAAAGUGAUAGCGGUAGAACUGGAUCCUCGUAUGGCGGCAGAAGUCACGAAGCGUGUGCAAGGGAAGCCUGAGCAGAAAAGGUUGGAGGUCCUGUUGGGGGAUGUGAUCAAGACCGAGUUGCCGCAUUUCGACGUUUGUAUUAGCAAUACCCCGUACCAGAUUUCGAGUCCGUUGGUCUUUAAACUUCUCGCCCUGCCGAAUCCACCGCGAACCUCAAUUCUCAUGUUUCAGCGCGAGUUCGCGUUGCGACUUACUGCGCGACCUGGCGAUCCGCUGUAUUGUCGAUUAUCAGUGAAUGCGCAAUUCUUUUCUAAAAUCACGCAUAUCAUGAAAGUAGGCAAAAACAACUUCAGACCGCCGCCACAAGUCGAAUCGUCAGUAGUGCGGAUCGAGCCGAAGAUGGGCGCAGAGAGGCCAGGCGUCAGCUGGGACGAAUGGGACGGCAUGCUGCGCAUAUGCUUCGUAAGGAAGAAUCGUACGAUGCGAGCGAGUUGGCUUGGCACAAAGGAGGUCCUGGCCAUGCUGGAGAGGAACUACAAGGUCUGGUGCUCGGCAAACCAGAUCCCGGUCGACGAUACGGAGAUUGGGGAGGAUGAGGAGAUGGAAACGGAGAUGGACGGGGAAGGGGAGGAAGCCGAGUGGGGCGGCAUUAUGGAUGUGGACGAAGAGGAGGACGACACCCCUUCCUUCUUCAAAGAGCAGGCCAAAAGGGCAACGCAGGAGAGUGGAGGGAAGACGAAGAGCAAGAAGAAGAAGACAAGGGUUGCGGAGUUGGUCAAGGAGAAGAUCCGCAAGGUGUUGGAGGACGUCACGGAGUUGGCGGAUAAGCGAGCCGGGAAGUGCGACGAGAAUGACUUCCUACGUCUCUUGUCUGCUUUCAACGACGAAGGCAUCCAUUUUGCGUAG